AUGGCGUCUGUCUCGACCGCCCCCUCCGCAGGCGACGACGCUCCCCUGCCCAUCCCGAACCUCGCCCUGCCCCAGCUUGCGUUCGUCUUGACGGAACCCAAGGCGCAGCACAAGCGCGAGGGCGCACAGGAGCGGCUGCUCAAGGGGAUCGAGGAUGACGAGAUGGCGCCGUACCUUUCCCACCUUACCUCCACCUCUGUCCUUCCUCCUCAAUCCGAUCUUCUCUCGCGGCUGCAACAACGCAACAAGGACGAACUCGCACGGCUCGACGCAAAACUCGAGGACGCGAAGACGAACCUCGGCGAGACGGAAGUCAGUGAUGUGUUGCGGGAACGGGCGACGUAUUUGGCGCGGAUUGGCGAGAAGGACGAGGCUGUGAAGGCGCACGAGGAGGCGUUCGAAAAGUCGGCAGGGAAGGGCACGAAGAUUGACCUUGUCCUCUCUAUCAUCCGCAUCGGUUUCUUCCACUCCGACCACGAGCUCGUCAUGUCCAACAUUGACCGCGCGCAAAAGCUGGUAGACGAGGGAGGCGACUGGGACCGCCGAAACCGCCUCAAGGUGUACGAGGGCGUCCACCUUCUCUCGAUCCGCAACUUCAAGAAGGGCGCAGACCUCCUCCUCGACGCGUUGCCGACAUUUACGGCGACCGAGCUGAUCGAGUACGACGACUUUGUCGUCUUGUGCGUGUUGGCGGGCGUGCUGGCGCUCGAGCGGAAGGACCUGAAGAAGAAGGUCAUUGACGCGCCCGAAGUCAUCGCCGUCGUUCCCAAUGUCCCGACGAUCAAGAACUUUGCCGAGUCGCUCUACAAGUCCGACUACGCCACCUUCUUCCGCUGCCUCGCCACCGUCGAAGAACACCACUUCCUCCCUUCGCGCCUUCUCUCCGUCCACUCGCGGUACUACACUCGCGAGUUGCGCGUCAAGGCGUAUGCGCAGUUGUUGGAGAGCUACAGGAGCGUCACGCUCGAGAGCUUGUGCAGCGCGUUCGGCGUCUCAAAAGAGUGGUUGGACAACGACCUUGCGCGCUUCAUCUCCUCCGGCCGCCUCACCUGCACGAUCGACCGCGUCAACGGCGUCGUCGAGACGCACCGUCCCGACGCAAAGAACGCGCGCUACAACGCCGUCAUCAAGCAGGGCGACGCGGUGCUGACGAGCGUGCAGAGGUUGAGUAGGGUCAUUGGCUGA